CCAACCAGCCAGAUACCAGCACAUCCACUGCAGCCAGCAUCGAGGCAGAUUUAUUCCGCUAGCUUAGCAAGCCCUUUCCAAGAAACAAUUGGCGACAUGUGCACCCUCGUAGCGGUCUUCCUCGUCGCUGCCCUCUCGGUAGCGACUGCAGCUCCAUCGGCGAUCUUGGCACCCGGGGCUGCUUUGGCCGGCCCUCUGCUAGGCCCAGCUGCACUCAGUGGACCGAUCGUGGGACCUGCGGCCCUUGCUGGACCGGUAGCUGGACCUGCUCGCCUGUCGGGAGCUGUUGAUGGCGGUGCCGUGGUAACCGGAGCAGUCGCUGGUCCCUCGCUAGUUUCUGGCAGCGUUGCUGGCCACGCUGCUGCACCAUGGCCAGCUCUUGCUGGCCACGCUGCUGCACCAUGGCCGGCUGUCGCUGCUCCCUGGGGUGCACCAUGGGGAGCGGUGUUGGCUGGACCUGCAGCUGGUCCAGCUGCUCUCGCUGGACCCAUCGCAGCUCCGGCACUGAUCGCGGGACCAUCCGGUAGCAUAGCGGCUGGGCCAGCCGGUGUUGGAAGCAUCCUUCGUGCCGACGGACACUGUCCGGUCACGGCUAACAAUGCUACUCGUGUGACAUUUUCCUGGUUAAAAAAUGUCGAGAAAGCUAGAUAUUCAGGGUCAGAGCUGAGUAUAAAAAGCGAGUGUCGUGAAGUAAUUGACAGUCUUACAAUUAACUCGACAGAUACAACAACGUUUGCUCAUAUAAACAAAGCAGCAAUCAUGAAAUACUUGGCCCUUCUCGUAUCGAUCAUAUCGGUUUGCUCAGCCGCACCGAGCCUCGUUGGUCCAGCAGUCAUUGCUGCACCAGGAGUGGUAGCAGGUCCUGCAAUAGUAGCUGCAGCCCCAGCGGCUGUCGUAGGUCAUGCAGCAGCGGUCGUGGCUGGCCCAGCUGCUCCAGCAGCGGUCGUAGCUGGCCCAUCUGCUCCAGCAGCGAUCGUGGCUGGCCCAUCUGCUCCAGCAGCGGUCGUAGCUGGCCCAGCUGCUCCAGCAGCGGUCGUGGCUGGCCCUGCUGCAGUUGUUGCUGGUCACGCGGUCCCUGCUACAGUCGUCGCUGGUCCCGCUGCCAGUGCUGCGGUCAUAGGAGCUUCAUCCACAGCGGUCAUCGCCGGCUAGUUAACUGACAACGCUGCACGACAUACCUCGUACCAUACUUAAUACUACACAGACCACUUGCUUACACACUACCCUUAAUGUAUAUCCAAGAUCACUGCCUGUACAUGUACUCAGAAACGUAUACGCUUACGCAAACGAAAUUUAUGUUAUAUUUAACCUAGUAAGGACCAGAGUUAGAUACUUUCUCAUGAUGUUAUUAUAAAUUUCUUUCAAUUUUGACGAGACCGUGAAACCUACGUGGAAGAAACAACGACGAAGAAAAUAUUUAUGUUAACGAAUCCUUGGCAUUCCCUUUCGUUGCAAUUUCACAAUUUUGAUGGUGGAAAUUGGUUGGAAAACUUUGGCCCUUAAUAAGUUAAUUGUAUGAAAUAAAUUAUGUUCUGUCCUUGA